CCCCGCCCCCUGCGCCCUCGGACGGCGGCGGCGACGACCCGGACCCGGCGGGCAGCGGCGGCGGCAGAGCGGAGGCGGCCCAGCCUUGAACGCUGCGUACCAAAGAAAUGGUGAUGGAGAAGCCAAGUCCGCUGCUUGUGGGGCGGGAGUUCGUGCGGCAGUACUAUACCCUACUAAAUAAAGCACCAGAUUAUUUGCACAGGUUUUAUGGCAGAAAUUCUUCUUAUGUCCAUGGUGGGCUGGAUGCCACCGGCAAACUCCAGGAAGCGGUGUAUGGCCAGUCUGACAUACAUAAGAAGGUGAUGUCCCUGCAGUUUAAUGAAUGCCGUACUAAGAUUCGUCAUGUGGACGCCCACGCAACCUUGAAUGAUGGAGUAGUUGUGCAGGUCAUGGGAGAGUUAACAAACAACGGGCAGCCGAUGCGGAAGUUCAUGCAAACCUUUGUUCUGGCUCCAGAAGGCUCUGUUCCAAAUAAAUUUUAUGUCCACAAUGACAUAUUCCGUUAUGAAGAUGAAGUAUUUGGUGAAUCUGAAGCUGAACUAGAUGAAGAAUCAGAAGAUGAAGUAGAAGAAGAGCAUGAAGAAAGGCAGCCAUCCCCUGAGCCUGCACAAGAGAAUACAGCCACUGCUUACUAUGAAAGUCACCCUGUAACGAAUGGAAUAGAAGAAACCUUGGAAGAAUCUCCUCACGAGCCAGAGCCAGAAUUAGAAUCUGAAUCAAAAACUGAAGAACUGAAAUCUGAAAUAGAAGAAAAGAACAUCGAAGAGCUAGAAGAAAAGUCUCCAUCCCCACCUCCUGUAGAAACAGUUUCUCUGCCACAAGAACCACCAAAGGCUUUCUCCUGGGCUUCAGUGACUAGUAAAAACCUGCCUCCCAGCGGAACUGUUUCUUCCUCUGGAAUUCCACCCCAUGUUAAAGCACCAGUCUCCCAGCAAAGAGUGGAAACAAAACCUGAAACCCAAUCCCAACCACUCCGUAUGCGUGAACAACGUCCAAGAGAGAGACCAGGUUUUCCUUCGAGGGGACCCAGACCAGGCCGAGGGGAUGUGGAUCAGAACGAAUCGGACAAUCGCCGAAUAAUUCGUUACCCAGAUAGUCACCAGCUCUUUGUUGGAAACCUCCCUCAUGACAUAGAUGAGAAUGAACUGAAAGAGUUCUUUAUGAGCUUUGGGAAUGUUGUAGAACUUCGCAUCAAUACUAAAGGUGUUGGAGGAAAACUCCCAAAUUUUGGCUUUGUGGUGUUUGAUGACUGUGAGCCAGUUCAGAAAAUUUUAUUAGCAAAACCCAUUAUGUUCCGUGGUGAGGUGCGCUUGAACGUCGAAGAGAAAAAGACUCGAGCUGCUCGUGAAAGAGAGACACGAGGUGGUGGUGAUGACCGAAGAGAGAUUCGCCGCAACGACAGAGGUCCUGGGGGUCCGCGUGGAAUAGUGGGUGGCGGAAUGAUGCGAGACCGUGAUGGGAGAGGGCCACUUCCGAGGGGCAGCAUGGCCCAGAAACUGGCCUCUGGAAGAGGAUCUGGGCAGAUGGAAGGCCGAUAUGCAGGUCAACGUCGCUGAAGACCCCGGUGCUGGCAGGCAGUCUUGGCAAUGAUACGUUAUUCAUCAUGUUUGCAUUCUUGUUAAUUUUUGGCUUUGGAAUGUAACACAGCCUUUUUGAUCAUUUCUUUUGAGGUGAGAAUCCUCCUUUGGUUACCAGUUAAAUUGAGGUGGACGUUCUUUCCCCUAGUCGCACAAAGAAGUCACGCUGUUAAUUUAUAAAUCUAGACUUGAGAUUAAAGACUGAGAAAUGACCAUUUAAGCUUUCUGCAACAAAAAUGGACUUAAAGGGCAUGUCCAAUUGAGUUAAGGUCCUUUCCGUUUCAGUAAAAACAAAAAUCGCUCUGCACAUUUUAAGCAUUCCUGUUUCUGCCUCUUGCAGUUGGAAACACAAAUAGUGCCGUUUGUGCAAUUGGAGAAGCUUGCCUUUUUUCCCUUUUAGAACACUCGGCUCCCAACAAACUUUUUUUUAUGGACUCAAAUGCACUGAUGGGGACUCGACUGAUUUUACAUUGACAUUUGUCAAAAACAGCAAGAAAAAAAGCUUGUGAAAUGAUGCGGGCAUCUGCUCUGCUUGCUGUGACCAAUGUGUGUGUGUUAACCAAACCUUAAUGAGACUCUGUUCCAGAAGGAAACCAUUUAGCUGUAAAUGCAAAUAUAAAACUUCAAAAAUCAUAGUACUGAAGAGUAAAUCUUAGAGCUCCCCGCCUCUCUCCAGUCCAGGGGUGGCUGCUGCUGAGCACGCUCCUCCUGCCCUGUCCCUUUCCUGUCAGCUGUGCCCAGCGAGAGGGUCUUGAGGUCUCAAGUGACGCGACGAGCAUGACGGUGCCUUCUAUUAAAUACAUCAUUCCAGGCUUGCUGGUGGUUUUGUACAGAACAGCGUCUGACUGGCUGUGCUGUAAAUCUUAACAGCUGUAAAAAUGUUUAUAUAAUCAUUGUAUUAAAAUUGCAGUGUCCUGACCAUGAAACAUUACUGGAAUAUUUGCUUAGCUCUGCAGUUAACAAGUUUUUGUUGUCUUGGGAGGAAGGAAUUACGAAGUACUCAGUGUGCUUUUCUGAGAAGUAGAGUUACAGAAGUGCGGUUCUGCGUUAAAGUCCAGAGUUAAUCAACAGCCUGAUUAAUAUAUAUUGAGCCUAAACUUGUUAACCCUGGGAUACUGCAGUUUUCAUAAGAGCAUCACAACUCCAGAGAUUUGCUAUCUCCAGUUUCUAAUUUUGCACAGCCCUUGAAUCGACUUUCAAGCCUCCAUGGCUCAGAUUUGUAAAAGCCGGGGUGACAACCUCUGGUGUAUUUUUUACUUGUGGAAUCUUGCAUUUCCAGGUUCCUGUUUGCAUAGAUAGCACAUUCCAGAAAACUACAAAUGUAGCAAGCACUCCUCCCCAGCUACACAUUGGAAAGCUCAGCAAGCGUCAAGCUUACUUUUGAGGAGGAGAGGCAAAAGUAUGCGACUACUCAAAACUACUUCUAAGCACGGAAGACCUCACUCUAAUGCCUAGGGCAGAGAAGCAUUUGUUCAGUGCGACAAUAUGCUAUUUUCUAUUGAAAUAGAAGCUUUUGCCUGCAUGUUGGGGAGAAACCAAGUUUGUAUCUUUCACCCCCCAAACUGAGGUCUUCCGUGUUUGAUGGUAAGUCUUGCACUAUUUUCAUACACUUUCUUGGACACAUUUCUGUUUCCUUUUAUUUUUUUAAUCUGUUGGGUAUGUUUUUGUGUUGAACCGUUUCAUUUUCAAGGGACACCUGGGAGUAUUGGACUUGAAUGCCUCACCCCCAAACAUGAGUUUGGCUGAAUUUGGAAGCUGAAUUUACACUGCCGUUCUCAAACAGCAGUUUUGCUGGCAAGUGUUUGUGUCCCUGGACUUUUGAGUGCUGUUGUGUUGCCCUGCCACCUCCUACGAAUACGGUGAAGUCAAAGAACACAGGAGAAUCUUCGGGGAAAAAGCUGUAACUGACAAUUAAAGGAGCUGUGGAGCCAUUCAGCUUUCUGGCUUGCUUCUUUAAAUGCCAUGAAAUGGCAAUAUUGGAAGCAUACACAGAAGUUUACAUGGUGACUGUUCACCUACUGUACUGUGGACUCAUAGUGUUUUUGUCCUCUUUUCAAUAAACAUACUUCUAGAAGAAAAAGCAACAGAACUCCUUGACAUUUACUGUUAAACUGCUAAUUUGUUGAGAUGGGUCGUAUUGCAGUUACACUCAAUUUCAACCAACUUAGCUUUAAUCAUCGUGGCUUUUAGUAGGUAUGCGAGACGGUGGACUCCCAUCUUCAUUGCUGCAAUGUGUUAAGCAUUAUAUGCCAGUAGAGUCUAGUUUAAUGGUUGCAGGUGGAAAGUAUUUUUGCUUUUAAGUUUCCAUUUUUGAUGUGUUUUGACUAAACAUACCAAUAAACUACUGAUGUCUGCAGCA